AUUGUUGCCUUAGUUUCUAGAGACUCCGUCGUGGUCACGGGAGGUCCUUACUGGAAUGUUCCAACUGGUAGAAGAGAUGGAAGAAUAUCAAACGCGUCCGAAGCUUUGGCAAACAUUCCUCCUCCAACUAGUAACUUUUCCAGUCUCCAGACAUCUUUUGCAAGCAAGGGUCUUGACCUAAAAGACUUGGUCCUAUUGUCUGGUGCACAUACCAUAGGAGUCUCUCAUUGCUCGUCAUUUUCAACACGUUUAUACAAUUUUACUGGAGUUUUGGGCAAACAAGAUCCAUCUCUAGACAGCGAAUAUGCAGCUAAAUCAAUCAAUGACAAUACCACGAUCGUUGAAAUGGAUCCUGGAAGUUCAAGCACCUUUGAUCUUAGCUACUUUAAGCUUUUGUUAAAGAGAAAAGGACUAUUCCAAUCUGAUGCAGCCUUGACAACAAGUGCGACAACAAAGUCAUACAUCAAUCAGUUAGUACAAGGAUCGCUCAAACAGUUCAACGCUGAAUUCGCUAAGGCUAUGGAGAAAAUGGGCAGUAUUGAAGUCAAGACUGGCUCUGCUGGUGAGAUUAGGAAGCAAUGUGCAUUUGUGAAUAAUUAAAAGCCUCUUUGUCUUUGUUCCCAUUUUCCAAUAAUUGUGUUUGUCUUUGUGUGUACCCUUGGUGAGAUUAGAAAGCAUUGUGUUUUUUGUUGUACUUGUUCCAAAUAAUUCUUGUAUAUUGAUGGUUUUCUUGAAAUAAAACUAAGAUUCCAAGA